AAGCAGUUAUGGUUCGCACGUUCAGUUCCAUUGCUGCUGUGUCCGAGAACAUGGGUAUUGGGAAGAACGGACAGCUUCCGUGGCCCCCACUCAAGAAUGAGUUUGCAUAUUUUCAGAAAAUGACCAGAACUACUACACAGAAAGGAAAACAAAACGUAGUGAUAAUGGGUAGGAAGAGUUGGUUCUCCAUUCCUGAAAAAAGUCGGCCUUUAAAAGGCAGAAUUAAUAUAGUGCUCAGCAAACAACUGAAGGAAACGCCUGAAGGAGCUCACUUUUUGGCUAGAACUCUAGAUGAAGCACUAGAUCUCCUAGAAUUACCAGAGUUGGCAAAACUGAUAGACAUGGUUUGGAUUAUUGGAGGCAGUUCGGUAUAUAAGGAAGCAAUGGAGAAGCCACUUCAUCAGCUGCUGUUCCUGACAAGGAUCUUCCAGUACUUUGAAAGUGAUACAUUUUUUCCAGAAAUUGAUUUAAACCAAUUCAAGCUUCUGCAAGGAUACCCAGGUGUGCCUGAUGGUAUUCAGGAAGAGAGUGGCAUCCAGUAUAAGUUUGAAGUGUAUGAAAAGACCAUCUGUGGAGACAUAUGAAGUCUGAUUCCGUAGUGCAUUUUACAGAAUGGUCACAGUUACACAGAAAUAAGCUCUACUGAAGCAAAGCAGACUUGCUACCAAACAUAGACUUGAGUUAUGAAACAAGUUCUCUCUCAAGCACACUGAUCAUCUCUCUCUCUCUUUCCACCCCUUCCUCCUUCCAGGCUAAUGUAACUGCUCUUGGUGGUGAUGCUUCAUUGCCACACGUGCAGCAAAACAGUGUUUGGAAACAGCUAUGUCAAGAUGGGUUUUGACAAUGUGAGCAUUCCAAACUUUCAGUGAAAAAUACAUUCCAUUAUUGUAGACUUUGUCUUGAUCCUUUUUUCAUUAAGAUACUGAAUGCUGAAUUUAACCCACUUCCUAUUAUAUCAGGCCCAUAACUAGUUUUUUUUUUCAGGGGGCUUUAAAUUAUUUAAGGGGGCUUGGGUCUGACAUCCUCCA